UAUAAAUAAUGAGUAUACAGUUGUAAGGGAAGAAGCAGCUUGACGAGAUAUUUGUAUGGCAUCAAGUCUCUUGGUCUUUGUGUUGGCUGAUGAAAAAAUGUUUUUGUCAAUAUUGGUUUUGAUUCUCUGCGUCACAGUUGUUGGUGCCCAAAUGAUUGGCCCAACACCUGCCAUGGACAAAUAUUACUCAGAAUAUGAUACGUGUGGAAGAGGAAAUUUUUCAGAUUUUAGAUUACAAUGGCUAGAGCACACUCCAACAAUGUGUCUUAUGUGGUCCAAUUGGCCUUCUACUUACAUUAAAGCUAAAGAGUAUUGUAAGCGACGUGGAACCAGGUUGGGCGUUUUCAAUACAUGGGAUAAAAUGAGAAUUUUACAGAGACGAAACGGCUUGAUCUAUAUUGGUUUAGAUGACUUAAAAACUGAAGGCCAGUUCAUAUGGCAUAACGGCGAACAGCUGAAAAGUCCAAACAUCAAUGACUUCUUUCAUAAAAAUGAGCCAAGUAAUAGUAAAGGCAUUGAAGACUGUGUUGUCUUGAAAGGGAGUUAUCUCAGCGAUGUACCGUGCAAUAUGAUAUUCCUCUUCGUGUGUGAAUUAGAAUUAGGAUCAUAGUGUGAGUGGAUUUUCAUGCAUAACGAAAAGACAUAUACACUAUUCGUUUUGAUGUAUCUUUGGUACGAAAUAAAUGAAUAAAUGAUUAUAAAUGUCUUGUUUAA